UUAAUAUAAACUUCUAAAUGUGUUUCAGAUGCCAAAAUACAAAAAUGAAUGAUAAAAGUGAGGAAGGUGACCCCAGUGACCCGAGGGUCAUAGAGGUCAAACGUCCCAACGAGGUCAAGCUGGCUGAGGUCAAGAAACCCCAAGAGGUGGUCAGUAUGGCUUUAAAGGACAGCCUCAAGUUUGGAAUUUUAAUAGGAAUGUUGGAUUUGAAAACUGUGAAGAACAAAGAAAUAGUGGAUGCUGUUCUACAUUUGUUGGUUGGAGGGGAGUUUGAUAUGGAGUUGAACUUCAUCAUUGAGGACCCAGAGAAUAUCAGGAACCUCAUGGAGCUCAUCGAUCAUUGCCAGCAGGAUCUACAGGCUGAGCUGUUUUCUGUGUUCAUUGCUAUUCUGAAGAAAUCUAAUCGAAAUCUUCAGGCGUGUACUGAUAUAUCCUUAAUAGAACUACUGCUUCAGAGACUACCAGACGUAGAACAGAUUGUAGCAGAUCUAAUAGUAGAACUACUGGGUGUAGUAGCAAGCUACUCUAUCACUGUAAGGGAGCUGAAGAUCCUCUUUUCCUCGAUGAAGGCCAGUAACAUGAUGUGGCCGAGGCACUCCACCAAGCUGCUUACAGUUCUCAGACAAAUGCCAAAUAGGUCUGGUCCCGACGUGUUCUUCAGUUUCCCCGGCAAGGCUGGGAGUGCGAUCAUGAUUCCUCCACUAGCCAGGUUUCCACAGGAAAAUGGGUUUACCUUUUCAACCUGGUUCCGAUUAGAUCCUUACAAUUCAGUCAAUAUAGAGAAGGAGAAACCUUAUCUGUACAGCUUCAAGACGAGUAAAGGAGUUGGAUACUCAGCACAUUUUGUUGGAAACUGCCUUGUGCUCACUUGUAUGAAGAUCAAAGGGAAAGGAUUCCAGCAUUGUGUUAAGUAUGAGUUCCAGCCUAGACGAUGGUAUAUGCUCGCAAUAGUUUAUAUUUAUAACAGAUGGACUAAAUCUGAGAUAAAGGUGUUUGUAAAUGGUCAGCUUGCCAGCAGUACCGAGAUGGCCUGGUUGGUCGCUCCCACGGAGCCCUUCGACAAGUGCUUCAUCGGGUCCACGGCAGACCUCGAUAAGGAUCGUGUAUUCUGCGGACAAAUGGCAGCUAUCUAUCUAUUUAGUGAAGCGCUAACCCCUCAUCAGGUUUGCGCUAUGCACCGACUAGGUCCUGCAUACAAGAACGCCUUCAAGUUUGAGAAUGAGGCGGGGCAAUCCCUCAGUGAGAAUCAUAAAAAGGUAUUGUAUGACACGAAGCUCUCCUCCUGUAUUGCAUUCUUGUUUAACCCUGUGUCUGUGGACUCCACCCUCUGCCUCCAAUGCGCACCAAAAGGAAAUACUGCAUACUUUGUACAUUCUCCGCAUGCUCUGAUGCUACAGGACGUUACAGCAGUUGUUACAAGAUCAGUUCAUUCUACUCUCAACUCAAUAGGAGGAAUUCAGGUUCUAUUCCCGCUCUUCUCCCAGCUGGACUAUCCAGUUCUUGGUUGUGAUCCAUGUGCAGUAAGGCGUGACCCUGGCAUGUGCUCCAGUCUUAUGCAGUUCAUUUGUGAGCUCAUAGAGGUCUCUACUAGCAUUCAGCAGCAGGUUAUUUCUGGCCGAGGGUUUCUCGUCAUAUCUCAUUUGCUGUCGAAAGCCAGCAGGGAGCAUCUGACCGGGGAGCUGUUGAACACCUUCUUAAAACUCACCAAGUUCCUGGUCACGGCUCAGAACAAUAACAGUGAUCUACUUCUCAAACAGUUGCUAGAUCAUUGUUUGUUUAAUCCUGGGCUCUGGAUACAAACACCGGCAAAUGUGCAGAUCAGGUUGUACAGUUACCUGUCCAGCGAAUUCCUGGCCGACACACAGAUAUACAGUAAUGUGCGACGAGUAUCUACCGUUCUUCAAACAAUGCACACCUUAAAAACAUACUACUGGGUCACAAGACCGCAGAGUAAGGAUAAAGAAGAGGAUUUAAACAUUAAAGGAUUAGAGAUAUCAAGACCAAACCCAGAGGAUCUUCUAACCAUUAGGUCAGUAAUCCCUCAUUCUUCCUUCAGUCCUAUAGUGGUACACAAAAUUAAGCUAUUAGACAUAAUUAACAGAUUUUACACUUUUGGUUGUUUCUCUUUUGAUGAAAACCUCGAGGAUGUUUUGAAUAUACUCAUCCAACUCAUGAAUGAUCAUCCGGCCAGUCUCAUCCCGGCCUUCGAUGCCAAGGGUGGUGUUAAAACUGUUUUCAAGCUUUUAGAGUCACAGUCCCAGGUUAUCAGGCUUCAGGCCUUGAAGCUGUUGGGAUUUUUCCUCUCUAGGUCAACUCAUAAAAGGAAGUAUGACGUGAUGAAUCCCCAUAACUUGUACAGUUUACUUGUUGAGAAACUUCUUGUACAUGACACCCAUCUUACUCUACCCGUGUACAACGUGCUGUACGAGAUACUCACGGAGCAUGUCGGACAGGAAAUAUUUCUACAGAAACACCCCCAACCUGAACCCCAUUUCAGACUUGAGAAUCCAAUGAUGUUGAAAGUUUCGGCACAGCUAAUCAGACAAAGCAAGGAAUGGUUGAUCUCGAUGGCAGUGAUCCAUCCUAAAACGGAAGAAGAUCAUAAAAUCAGUGACAUGGUCUUUUCCCUUUUCAGAAUGUUACUGCACCAUGCUAUCAAGUUUGAAUACGGUGGUUGGAGGGUCUGGGUUGAUACACUAGCUAUAGUUCACAGCAAGGUUAGUUUUGAGGAGUUUAAACUUCAGUUUAGCGCUAUGUAUGAACAAUAUGAGCGCAGAAGAGCCGACACUCUCACAGACCCUAUUGAGAGAUCUCAACGCCCUAUAUCUACAAUAUCGGGUUGGGACGAGCAGAAGGGUCAACCCACAGAAGAAUUGGAGGAACAGAGGUUCAAGGAUGUAGACAGCGAUGAGGAAGAGGACGAAGAGAAGAAGUAUGAUAAUGACGAAGAAGAAGAAGAGGAUGAAGAGGAAGAAGAGAAGGAAGAAGAUGAAGAAACUGAAGGAAAAGAAGAUAAACCUGAAAUAUUUAAAGCUAAAUCAAUCCAGGAAGACGAAGAAGAGGAAGAAAGCGAUAUCCCAGAAGAAAUUGAAGAGAAAGAGGAGGAAAAUGAAGAUGAAAAUGAUGCAGACAAAACUGAAGAUGUUAAUACUGAAAUUAAAUCACCUUUAGAAAUAUCGAAAAAAGAUGAAAGUCAGGAAGAAAUCAAAAAUGAAAUAACAAAAUCAAAAGAGGAUGAAACUCUUAAUGAUAAAGAAAAUGAGGAGAUAGAAGAUGUUAAGAAAGAAGAUUUAAAUGAUGAAGCUCUUGAAAAGACUGCUAAGAAUGAAAGUGUUGAAGACAAAAUAGAGGAAAUUGAUCACGAAAAGGACGAAAGUGAAAAUACCAAAGACGUGGUAAUCAAAAAAGAAGAAAACGGAGAUAAAGAAGAAAGCAAAGAAGAGAACAAUGAAGAAGGAAUAAGUGAAGAAGAAAUCAAUUCAGUAGAAGAUUGCAAAGAAGAAGAAAACAAACACAAAGUCAGUGCAGAAGAAGAUAAAAAAGAGAAAGAAUCUGUAAAAUCUCCAGAAAAGAAAGAUAAUGCUGUCGAAGAGGAAGAAACAGAAAAUAAAGAAGUUGAGAAUAUAUCCUCGAAGUUGGAAGUAGUUGUUUUGCAAGAAACGCCUGAAAUAUCUGUAACGGAGCCGGAAGAAGAGAAGGAACCUAUUAAAGAAAACGGAACUGACUUCGAGGAAAUAAACAUUGAUGAGGAUCAGGAGCCUGAACCCAAGGAAAUCCACGUGAUCAAUUUAGAGAAAACCCCGCCAAAAUUUGUCAAUGGAAAGAAGGUGAUAGAAAUUUCCACGGAUUUCCUUGAUAUAACAACCAGUGAUUGUGAAAGUGACAUGAACACUACUCGUGAUGAGAAUGAUACUCAUGUCGGAGAUGAGUUGGAUACAGCUGCUACUAGAAAGAUGGCGGGCACUUCCGAUGUCAAGAAGAAAAAGAUCGAAAUUGCCACGACAGAUGACAGCUACGAGAAUGAAGUAAAAAAGGACAAAUCUGCGAAAAGACAGACUUUUAGUCCUGGUCCUGCAAGACCACCUUUCCGAAUCCCGGAGUUUAGAUGGUCUUACAUUCAUCAACGACUGCUGGCAGAUAUUCUCUUCAGUUUGGAAACAGAUAUUCAGGUUUGGAGAUCUCACUCAACUAAGUCUGUGCUGGAUUUUGUCAACUCUACCGAGAAUAAUAUCUUUGUGGUUAACACAGUUCAUCUCAUCUCACAGCUUACAGACAACCUCAUCAUAGCUUGCGGGGGGUUACUUCCUCUACUAGCUAGUGCCACAUCACCAAAUAACGAAGUUGACGUACUAGAGCCAACUCAGGGAAUGCCACUCGAAGUUAGUCUUUCCUUCCUUCAACGUCUUCUCAACAUGGCGGAUGUUUUAGUGUUUGCAUCAAGUUUAAACUUUGCUGAAUUAGAAGCGGAGAAGAAUAUGUCAAGCGGAGGAAUACUUCGACAAUCUCUUCGACUAGUGAGCACAUGUGCAGUUAGAAACUGUCUUGAGUGUAAGGGAGGAAGUAAACCUGGUCCCUUUAACCCCCGGUCCCUUCUGGAGAGCCCUGUAAAGGAUCCAGAGAAACUCCUUCAGGAUAUGGAUGUCAACAGGCUGAGAGCUGUUAUAUACAGGGACGUAGAAGAGACCAAACAGGCUCAGUUCCUAAGCUUAGCGGUAGUGUACUUCAUCUCUGUUCUCAUGGUGUCCAAGUAUCGUGAUAUCCUGGAGCCCCCGGGGAAGCUGAUCAAGUCCAAGUCGGGAUCACAUCCCGCCAGUGCAUCCAGUACUGCUCAUAGCUCACAAACCCAUCUCUCAGACAGACAGAGCAGUCACAGUAGUCAGCAUGAUGCAGGUAGGAAGUGUGCACAAUGUGUGCCACGUGGUUCCUGUGCACAGUGCGCACCACGCAGUAACUGUGUCCAGUGUGCACCUCGCACUUAUCACAGUGUGGCACCCGGUUAUCACCGAUAUGAGCGGACUCAGCGCGAGUCGGAUUAUUUUUGUAACUGCGCACAAUGCCGCAACUUGGCAACUUCUAUGGACAUGUGUUGUCAGUGUUGUGCGUGUGUGGCAGCUGUGCCCCAAACCAAACCAGCCAGACAGUACAAUGUACGCUCAGUGUCAUUGCGCGGGGAGAAUCAGGAAACUUUAGAAGUUUGUAUAACUAAUGAUGAAGUAAAUGAUGAUCCUCCUGAAGAUCUUGAUGAUAUUGCUCGCGCACAUCAAGCAGUCAGUGAUUACCACUCGUGUUACCCUGCCCAGCCACCAUCUAAUCACUGUGCUAACUGCCCACCUCCCUGCAGUGACCCUAACUGUGUGGCUUGUGCCCAGCAAUGUCCUCAUGUAGUUGAUUACCAUGGUCCAGAUUAUCCUCGGGCCGAUCAUCAUCCUAACCGUGGUCCCCGGGGGCCCAAACAUCAUAGAGGUCCGAAGGUAGAUGAAGAGGAUGAGGAGGAUGGACAGAAGUCUGUAGAAACUAAUAUUUCUAUGGAAUCCUCGGGCUCGGCGGUUAUGCAGGAGACAACUGAGGAGGAGAUGUUAGAAACUAGAACCCAGGAAUCCAACCAGGAAACAGCGACCAUGGAUGUUUCAGACGGGAAUAGCAACAAAUCUCUUGAGCCCCGGGGUGAGGAUACGGCUGUACAUGAACAAGGAGUACACGGGGGAGCCGGUGUACCCUCCCAUCCUGUCCCUGUAGUUGACAGCAGAGGGGAGAGAAUUCAACAGGAUAUAUCUGUUCUGGGAGGAGGAGCUCCUGCUCAAUACCAACUAGGACCUGUUGGAGGGAAGAGACCUGAAGACUUGGAUAUCAACAAGUUCACUCCUAACCGUCCCUUACCAGUACCAACACCAAACAGAGAAGCACUUCUUACACAGAAACUGGAGCAAGCUCUAGGGUCAGUCUGCCCUCUUCUCAGAGAGAUAAUGACAGAUUUUGCUCCUUUCCUUGCUAAAACUUUGGUUGGAUCACAUGGACAAGAUCUACUCAUAGAGGGAAAGGUAUUAAUAUUAUUAUUAUUUUAUUUAUUCUAUUUUCUAUUAUUGUAAUUAUCAUUGUUAAUAAUGAUUCUAAUUUAGGACCAUAUUGUCCGAGUUGCGAAUGAAGCUGAGUUUAUUCUCAACCGUAUGCGUGCUGAUGACGUACUCAAGCAUGCUGAGUUCGAAGGCAGCUGUUUAUCUAGUCUGUCAGAUAGACAAGAGGAGGAGAAGAUGUGUGAUCAUCUCAUCUCAGCAGCUAGGAGACGGGAUGGAGUGCUAGCAGCUAAACUAGUUGAUAAACUCUGCAGUAUACUCCAUAAUCCACACGGAGCUUGGAGUAGUCUUAGCACUCCAGGGAGUAGUCCUACUAGUCUUCAGAGCAUUCGUUCAGUACCUAGGAUGGUAGAAGAGAAGAAAGGGCCUAGAACCCCUAUGCAGUACUGGAAGCUGGAUGUUUGGGAAGAUGAUGCACGUCGAAGACGACGGUUUGUCAGAAAUUCUCUUGGGUCAAGCCAUUCAGAAGCCACACUAAAGGCGCCACUAGAGCAUGGGAAUCAAGAUGACGCAAUUCAAAGUGCUGAAGACGACAUUCACAGCGCUCUUACACAAACCAGGGGACAGAACCAGGACCUCAUAGAGGACGCUGAGCUCCUUGUUGAGGACAGGGAGCUUGAUCUUGAUCUCCAGGGACCAGUUAAUCAGAGUACACCAGCCAUACUUGUUAGUCCAGGACUUGCAUUGCCUGGAACAGUUUCUAUAACCUCGGCAGAAUUGUACUUCGAGGUUAACGAGGAUAGUCCGGAGUUUCAGAAAGCGGAUCCCACUGUACUCAGAUAUUCUGAUUAUCUUCACGGUAAAUGGUUCUUCAGUGAGAUCCGUGCCAUUUUCUCUAGAAGAUACUUGUUGAAUAAUACCGGUGUAGAACUAUUCCUGGCUUCUAGAACUAGUAUUAUGUUCGCAUUCCCGGAUCAGAAUACGGUUAAAAAGGUGAUUAAAGCACUCCCUAGGGUUGGUGUAGGAAUUAAAUAUGGAAUACCACAAACUAGAAGAGCAUCAAUGAUGUCUCCCAGACAGCUGUACAGGGCUUCGAACAUGACUCAGAAAUGGCAGCGGCGUGAAAUAUCGAAUUUCGAGUAUUUGAUGUUCUUGAACACGAUCGCUGGACGGACCUACAACGAUCUUAAUCAGUACCCUGUGUUUCCGUGGAUAAUUACUAAUUACGACUGCAGGGAGUUGGAUCUUAGUUCUCCAAAUAAUUACAGGGAUUUAAGUAAACCCAUCGGAGCAAUCAAUCAAUCCAGGCGGGAGUAUUUUGAGACAAGGUAUGAGAGCUGGGAACAUGAUCAGAUCCCUGCAUUUCACUACGGUACUCACUACUCUACAUCAGCAUUCACAUUAAACUGGUUAAUCAGGAUAGAACCAUUCACAUCAUUAUUCCUAGCUUUACAGGGCGGAAAAUUUGAUCAUCCGAACCGUCUGUUCUCAUCUGUUAAAACUUCAUGGUCCAACUGUCAGAGGGAUACAAGUGAUGUCAAGGAAUUGAUCCCUGAGUUCUUCUACUUGAACGAGAUGUUCAGUAACUCCAGCAACUACAAGCUGGGGCAGCUGGACGACGGAACCCUUGUCAACGACGUGGAGCUGCCCCCCUGGGCCGCUACACCAGAGGAGUUCGUCAGGAUCAAUAGACAAGCGUUAGAAUCUGAGUUUGUGAGCUGCCAACUGCAUCAAUGGAUUGACCUGAUAUUUGGAUAUAAGCAGCGAGGACCUGAAGCUGUCAGAGCAACCAAUGUGUUCUACUAUCUAACAUACGAAGGUUGUGUGGAUGCUGAUAGUAUCCAGGACCCUGUGAUGAAAGAGGCUGUGGAGAACCAGAUUAAAAGCUUCGGGCAGACUCCAAGUCAACUACUGCUAGAACCUCACCCACCUAGGAGCUCCGCGAUGCAUCUGUCCCCAAUGAUGUUCAACUCCUCCCCUGAUGAUGUGUGUAUGGUGAUGAAGUUCCUCUCCAACUCUCCCAUCUGCCAUAUAACAGCCAAUACAUUCCCCCAACUACCCCUACCCAGUGUUCUGACGGUGUCGGCAGCUCAUCAGUUUGCGGUCAACCGGUGGAACCCGGCAUACACAGGUCCCAACAACGGUCCUGUCGGCGCUAGCACGCCGACCGCCAAACGGUCGGCGGGGUCUAGUGCGCCGGCCAACCCUAGCAUGCCAGCUAGCCAACCUAGCAUGUCCGCCUCCGGGCAAGCUCCGACCCAGUCACCGAGCUACGCCGAGAACCUUUCUAAUGCGGUCAACCUCCCUCUAUCUAUGGAUCCAGUCCUAGCUGUAGUCACUAAUACUACGGGACAAAUGGCAAGACGACAUUUAGGAGAGGAUUUCUCUCAGAAGAUUAGAAUGAGUCAAAACUGUUUUGUUGCAACAGUAGACAGCAGGUUUAUAAUAGCUGCGGGGUUCUGGGAUAAUUCAUUUAGAAUAUUCUCUGCAGAAACUGCUAAAAUAACACAAAUCAUAUUCGGUCAUUACGGAGUGGUCACGUGUUUAGCCAGAUCGGAGUGCAACAUAUCCUCAGACUGCUAUAUUGUCUCCGGAAGCGAGGAUUGUACAGUACUGCUCUGGCAUUGGAAUGCUAGAACCCAGAGUAUAGUAGGGGAAGGGGAAUCACCUACUCCAAGAGCAAUUCUGACAGGUCAUGAGAACACAAUAACCUGUGUAUCUAUAUCGGCUGAGUUGGGUUUGGUAGUUUCUGGGUCAUUAUUCGGUCCCCUUCUUGUACACACCACAUUCGGGGACCUACUCCGCUCCCUCAGCGGUCCAGCUGACCUUCAUAGCGCAGCGUGCUUGUGGCUGAGCAGGGAAGGUGUUGUAAUGGCGUCCUACCCUUCCCAUCAUCUUGCCCUCUACACAAUUAAUGGGAAGCUGCUCAGAUGUGAAAUGCAUUCAGAUAGUAUCAAUUGUGUUCUGUUGUCAAGAGAUGGAGAGUAUGUGGUGACUGCUGGAGAAAAGGGAAUAGUUGAGGUUUGGAGAACCUUCCAUCUGAGUCUUCUCUACGCGUUCCCAGGAUGUGAAUCUAGUAUUCGAUCUCUUGCUCUUUCCCAUGAUCAAAAGUUUCUGAUGGCUGGCCUGGCGACGGGUAGUGUUGUCGUCUUCAAUAUUGAUUUCAAUCGUUGGCAUCAUGAAUUCCAGCAAAGAUACUGAUCAAAUCAAUUGAUCAAUUCAGCAGUUCGGCGUCCAACCUACGAUCAAUUUUGAUCAAGUUUAUAUAAACAUGUAAUAGUUAAGAGGAAAUUUAGGAAGUUAGUUAAAACACUGAAAAGUAAAAAUUUGUAUUUUUUAAAUUCUUGAUUUUAUCAACAAAAAAUACAUUGGAGCUUUGGAGCUAAGGCAGGGAACUAAAACUAAGCUAAAAGCUCGGAUUUCGAAAAAAAAUUAAACGUUUGUUUUUCGCUAAGAUAUGAAUUUUUAUUGAUUUUGUAAAAAAUCUUAGUUUUUCUCGGUUUUACGCAUUGUGAUUUGUUGUACGUUUAGAUUUUUAAAAUUACUAUGUAUUCCAUUUAAGCAAUUUUGAGUAUUAUUCCUAGUUUUUAAUUAGUAUUUUACUGACCUUCCCCUUUUUAUUUUUUUGAAAUUUAUCCCUCAUUGCUUUGUAUAAUUUACAUUCCAUAUUUUGUAAACAAUGCAUUCCUAGUUUUUAAUUAUUUUGAUUUAAUGUACAAGUGUUAAAUGUAAUAUUAUAAAGGUUUACUUGUUUAAUAUGCAAUAUAUCUAGUCUUGGAA